GUUCCCUUUCACACCUCCCAUCCAAGAUCACAACACUUAAAUUGGCAAACAACAACUUCACUUCCAUUCCUGAGGCCAUCCUUAGUCUCCCAAACCUGCGGUCGGUGGACAUGCGGACCAACAGCAUCGCGGCGCUGCCCGGCCCGGCGCUCUGGGAGUCCAGCAGCCUGCGAGAGCUGAUGUUCAGUCAGAACUGCAUCAGAGUCCUGGAUCUGAGUGGGCCGCUCUACAAGUGGACCCGCCUGGAGAAACUCCACCUGAGUGACAACAAGCUCUCUCAGAUCCCCCCACAGAUCGGCCUGCUGGAGGGUCUGACCUCUCUGGAUGUGAGUCGUAACACGAACCUACGCUUCUUCCCCAAUGAGAUGGGGAAGCUGAGCCGGCUGUGGGACCUGCCGCUGGACGGCCUGCGCCUCCAGCUGGACCUCAAACUCAUCGGCAGCAAGACCAAAGACAUCGUCAGGUGA